UCUACUGUAAAGAUGAAGUUCCUCGCAGUGCUGCUGGCCCUUGUGGCCCUCUCCGAAUGCCACGUUAGGAUUCCCCUGAUAAAGGGAAAGACGGCCAGGGAGACCCUGAAGGAGAAAGGAUUGUGGGAGGAGUGCAGGGCGAAGCACCCAUACAACCCAAUGGCCAAAUUCCAACAAGAAGGUGUUCAGUCUAUGACCAACGACGCUGAUUUGUCCUACUAUGGCGUGAUCACCAUUGGAAACCCUCCUCAGUCCUUCAGUGUCAUCUUUGACUCCGGCUCCUCCAACCUGUGGGUCCCCUCAAUCUACUGCAACAGCCCAGCAUGCAAAAACCAUAAGAGAUUCGACCCACACAGGUCCAGCUCCUAUAAAUCCGACGGCCAGCCUCUGUCCAUCCAGUACGGCACUGGCAGCAUGACUGGAUUUCUGGGCAGCGACACUGUUGUGGUGGGCGGCAUUACUGUGGCCAAACAGGUGUUUGGACUCAGCAAGACAGAGGCUACGUUCAUGUCUUACAUGCAGGCUGAUGGGAUCCUGGGACUGGCCUUCCAGAGUAUUGCUGCUGACAAUGUUGUGCCCGUCUUUUACAACAUGAUCAGUCAGGGACUGGUUUCUCAACCCAUAUUCUCUGUCUACCUGAGCGGUAACAGUGAAGAGGGCAGUGAGGUCUUUUUUGGGGGCGUCGAUGAACGUCACUACACUGGAGAAAUAGUCUGGAUCCCUCUGUCCUCUCCCACUUACUGGCAGAUCACCAUGGACAGCGUUAGCAUCAAUGGGCAGACCGUGGCCUGCUCUGGAGGCUGCCAGGCCAUCAUUGACACUGGUACCUCUGUGAUCGUUGGUCCAACCACUGAAAUCAACAACAUGAACUCCUGGGUUGGAGCCACAACCGACCAGUACGGAGAUGGUAUAGUGCAGUGCCAGAACAUUCAGAACAUGCCUGAUGUCACCUUCACUCUCAGCGGACACGCCUUCACCAUCUCUGCAUCCGCCUACGUCUCUCAGUACUCCGGCAGCUGCCAGACUGGUUUUGGCCAGGGUGGCGCCUCCCAGCUCUGGAUCCUGGGAGACGUCUUCAUCAGGGAAUACUACGCCAUCUUUGAUGUCCAGGCUCAGUAUAUCGGUCUGGCCAAGUCUGUGUAAUCAAGAAAUCUCCUGAGUACAUAAAUGUAAAUGUGUAUGAUUUGUACAAAUAUGAAUCUGUGUGAAAUUACUAUGUUGUUGUAGCUGCCUUUGCAAUAAACUGAUAAAAGAA